CAGACGAUUGUCUGCUUUAGAAACCUGUAUUCAGUGGCGUUCCCAUCUUAUUUACUACUUUGUAUUUUGAUUCACCGAAGUAAAACUUUCCAGUAUAUGUGAAGUUCCUUAUGUUUAGUGCAGCUGUUUCUUGUGUCGGUUCAGUUUCCGUCGAUCAGCGAACGAAAGCACAUACGAGUAUAAGCUUCAGGAUUCAGUUAAAGAUGUGCAUCAAUUGGCAUCCAAUAUUUAUUUUGGCUUGUUUAAGUCAGUUGGGCGCAGCCCAAGAACCUUUAAUUUUCGAAACAUCUCGUAACCCAUGGAAUAAUGCCGCAGCAACGACGGCAAUACCAACUUCGCCCACCAGCACAACAAACUUAGUAUUGGUUAACAAUGUAAGAAUACCAGGAGGUCUUACACCAUUCGUACCCGCACCGGCCCCAACCCAGGAAUUUCUGAACUGCUUUGGUAACUGUCCCACCACAUCGCAAUACAAUCCCAUUUGCGGCAGCAAUAUGCAGCUUUAUAUGAACGAGGAAAAAUUUAAUUGUGCCCGUUUCUGUGGAGCUGACAUUCAAAUAGUUCGAAGAGGGUCUUGUGAGGGUCUUUUUUCGAUGACGAGAGGUUGAUAUGCUUUACCAACAGCAAACUAAAGUAAUAGAUUAAUUUACUCCAACUAACAUAGUUUCAGUUUAAAUAUUAUUAUGGCACAGAGAUAAGACGCCAAGUAGUACAUAACGACGCAAAAAUAAUAUAAAUAAAAUAAAUAAAUACUAAUGCAAAA